AAGCCUCACCUGGAUGUGCAGGGUGGCCCCAGCUCCCUGCUCUGAGUGUCCCAGCUGGGAGGAGGCUGCUGAGCUCCAGGCUGGAUGUUCCCUUCCUCAAGAUGCCGGGCAGACCCUCUGAGCUGCUCCCAAGGACUGGAGUCAAUGUUUAACCGGACUCUUUGGAGUUUACAGCUCGUGCCUUUCUUUAUUAUUAACCCAGCCUCUGUUUUGCUGCACAGUUGCAGAGCUGCUGGCAGCGAGACACGAAGGAGCCUUCAAAGAACUUCCUCGUGGCAGCCCGAGCAAAGGGGGAGGAGUUGUGUCUAAAAAAACAAACCCAACCUGUCGUUCUCAAGUCUGCCAACCUGUCAGUCCAGCCAUGCAAGAAGAGAGGGAGAGAGACAGAGGAAAAGAAAGGAGGGAGUGAAGCAGAGAUUCUUUCAACCCCCAGCAGGACUUUAAGAUUUCCAAUGAACAAAGAAAACAACCCCUGGGACCUUCUGUAAGCUGAGGCAGAGAUGAGGAAGAUGAAUGAGCAGAGCGGCUGCUACAGGCCUGUGAAUGUCCAGGGAAACAAGGUCAGCAACCGUGGCACCUGUCGGGAAAGCCCGGAAAAGGAGGUGAAAAGGCUGCAGAAGAGAUUUCUCCACAAGGAUGGCAGCUGCAACGUCUACUUCAAGCACAUCUUCGGAGAGUGGGAGAGCUACAUGGUGGACAUUUUCACCACGCUGGUGGACAUCAAGUGGCGCCACAUGUUUGUGAUUUUCUCCCUGUCCUACGUGCUCUCGUGGCUGUUCUUCGGCCUCGUGUUCUGGCUGAUUGCCGUCCAGCACGGGGACUUGUUCAGCGACGAGGAAGUCACCCCCUGCGUGGCAAAUGUGCACAGCUUCACGGGAGCCUUCCUGUUCUCCCUGGAGACCCAGACCACCAUCGGGUACGGGUACCGCUGCGUGACUGAGGAGUGCUCGGUCGCCAUCCUCAUGGUGAUCCUGCAGUCGGUGCUGAGCUGCAUCAUCGACACCUUCAUCAUUGGAGCAGCCUUGGCCAAGAUGGCCACGGCCCGGAAAAGAGCUCAGACCAUCCGUUUCAGCUACUACGCCGUGGUUGGGCUGAGGGACGACAAAUUCUGCCUCAUGUGGCGCAUCGGGGACUUCCGGCCCAACCACAUGGUGGAGGGCUCGGUGCGAGCGCAGCUGCUGCGCUACAAGGAGGACAAGGAGGGGAGGAUGACCAUGGAGUACAGGGACCUCAAGCUGCUCAAUGACCAGAUCAUCCUGGUCACGCCAGUGACCGUCGUCCAUGAGAUCGACAGCGAGAGCCCCUUGUACGGCCUGGACCGCAAAGCUCUGGCCAAGGACAACUUUGAGAUCUUGGUGACUUUUGUCUACACGGGUGACUCCACGGGGACUUCCCACCAGUCACGGAGCUCCUACGUUCCCAGAGAGAUCCUGUGGGGCCACAGGUUCAACGAUGUCUUGCACGUCAAGAAGAAGUACUACAAGGUGGACUGCUUGCAGUUUGAGGAGACCACGGAGGUGUACGCCCCUCACUGCAGUGCCAUGCAGCUGGAUCGCAAGGAGCAGGAGUGGAACCGUGCAGAGAAGAUGCAGGAAAAACAAGCGGAGAAGUCAGCCCUGGAGAUCAAGUCUAACCAAAAGUCCUUCAGUGCUGUUGCCCUCAUCACCAGCUGUGAGGAUCCAGAAGACCCAGUGAAAACUCCCAGCCAACAUCCUGGAGAGGUUUCCUACAGGAAAGCAGCUGUGACCUUAAGCAGGCUCUCCAUAGAGUCCCAAAUCUAACUUUUCCUGCCGUUAAAACCCCUCCCAACAAAUUCUUCCCUUGAGCUCCUCGAAUACAAGCAGUGAACUCGUGUGCAGCAGUAUUUAUAUCCCAGACCUCGCUGACAGCGUGCCCACACUGUCCCACACUGUCCCACACUGCUGGGCUCUGCCUGCUGUGGGCACCAGUGACAGAUCAGCUGUGGCACGAGGGAGCAGCUUCCCCUUGGGAUGCCCAGGGAGCCCCUGCACUUGAGCAAGCCCCAUGUGAACUUUCUUCCCCUGCAGGGACCAGGGUUGGCCAUGCCCAGAGACAGAGAAUGACCUUGGCAGGGCACACAAACCGUGCCCUGUGCCCUCCAGGUCAGAGGUUUCAAAGCUGCCUUGUUUGGAAAGCCCAUUCCCAGUCCCUCCAAGAGGCUCUGAAGCUCCAUUGUCCCAACAAAUGAUUCCUCAGAGGCAGCCUCAUCCCAGAGCUCCUCUGGGGAAUGUGUGGAGCUGUUAUUUGUCGGACAAUGGAAUAACUGACCCCAGUGUUCCUGGGUGGCUUUGGACACCUAUUUACACCCUGCCCAGUCCUGUGGGAUCCACAAAGCUGGAGAGCUUUCAUUUUGCUGGUCAUGAGCCAUUCCCUGAAGUGCUGCUCCCUCAGCAGCUGGAGGGAUGCAGGAAGUAAAGAAAAAAUCAAAACAAGACCUCCAGUUUUAAAUUAGCAAAAUCAGGUUGAGCCUUGAGGAGAAGAUGAUGUUUGGAGCAAGCUGUGCAAUAUUUUAUAUCAAAUCCUCUUUCAUUUCAUUUCGUUUUUCUUUUUAGCGUGCUGCGCUUCUUUGCAAACACAAAGAUCAAUCUGGGGAACAAACAGGGUGAUUUUGUCAAAAUGAAAAAUGUUUGUCUCGGAUGACUGUGUAAAAAUGAUCCUUCACAGAGAAAUCCAGCAACUCCUCUGUCGGCUCAAACUGGGAAAAAAAGGAAAAUGUUGAUGCUCUGAAGGUGUCUGUGGCAUGCAAGUUCCGUGCUCUGCACAUCUCUGUAAUUAUUUCAUGAGCAAUGCCUCAUCAUGCUUUUGCCCCUGAUGAUUGCAGUUCAUUUGCGUUGUGUUUAAUUACCCUGCGAACGUAAAAUAA